AUGAAACGAAGCGCGCCCGUCCAGUCGUGUGACUUCGCGCCGGUGCCACCGGAGCCGUCCGAGCGCCGUUACCCGGUCAACCCAGUUUUGCUGGGCCAUGCGUGUCAUUCCCCUGUCCCUGGUUAUGUGCUAACCCGCCAUUGCACAAGGGCGGUCACAACCGGUGCCCCGCCAUCCGCGGCGAGGCGCCGUUGUCCUUCUCGGUCACAUGGGCGUGGGGCGGGCGCGCGACACUCCCCAUCGCCCGGGACAUGGCGCGCACGGCCAUGGCAUGUCCGGCUGGCUGCCCUUGAGCCACCCGGACCUCGGUCGGUGGUCGGGCGGUGCUGCUGCGCUCGUGGCGGCGCCGCCCGUCCCCCGGUCACCCUGGUUCUGCCGGGUUGUGCACAUCGUGCCCCUGUCCCCGGUUCCGCGCUAACCCGCCAUUGCACAAGGGCGGUUUCCAAUGGUGCCCCGCUGUCCGCGGCGUGGCGCCGUUGUCCCUCUCGGCCGGGUGUGCUAGGGGUCCGCGCACGCGGCGCCCCUUAUCGCUUGGGCCAUGGCGAUAAAAGGUCAUGCGGGUGGCUGCCGGUGAGCCACGCGGACCUCGGCCGUGGGCCGUUCCCCGGUCACCCCGGUUCUGCUGGGCCGUGCGCGUCGUGCCCCUCUGCCCACCGUGAUGGUGCCGCGCUAACCAGCCAUUACACAAGGGCAUUCCCGAACGGUGCCCCGCCGCUCGCGGUGGUGCGCCGGUGUCCCUCUAAUCGGCUUUUUGCCCGCUUAUGUAUCGCAAGGCCCUCGCUGAUCGGCCUGGCCCAUUAA